AUGAGCUACACGCCCUUCUCUGCGAGUGUCAACAGACUCGCGGCAUCUGAGUCGGCAGGCAGCAAAGGUGGCUGCGUUGAGGGAGAUGGUAUGAGUUUGGUCAGUUCACCGAGCCAAACCCAAGGGAAGCUUGAACGUGAGGAUAGUUUAGACAAGCCAGUGAAGUUGACUGUAACCAUCAGUUAGCAUCUGCUCCGCCGCGCUGUCCUGAGGUCUGCUCUUUCUGCUCCCAAAACAGCAGCCCAGUGCUCGCUGCGCAUUGCCCCUCGCAAUACGUGGGCUACUUCGAAUCUUAAUGGUGCUGCGGUAAGCUCGCCUAUGGCGGCUCGCUUUAUUUCCAACACCACAGGUCGAUCAUUGAAGGACGACAAGGAGCUGGAAAGCAAGCAGCGCACAGCGGAGGAAAACCUGGACAGGCAAAUUACUGAAGACGCCCGUGAGGAUGUGGAGGAGCAAAUUGCGCAAAGCAACGCCGACAUUCAGGAGGCAGUACAGGAGGUGAUGCGGUUUGCAGAUGAGGAAGCUCGAGAUGGGACUCAGACAAAUCAAAAGAGCAGUUUUGAGGAACAAGUUGCCAGAAGUGAAGCGCAACUAUCAAACUAUGAGAAGCCUGCUUCAUACACCGCGGGCGCCGCAUCAACCUUGCAGCCAGCAAAGAGCGUUUUUGUGCGCAAUCUUGUGUUUGAGAUUACCGAGGAGCAUCUUGAGAAGGCAUUUUCGAAAUACGGCAAUGUCACGCAUACCUUUAUUGCGCGCGACCCUCGUGGGUUGAGCAAAGGAUACGGAUUUGUCACAUUCGACUCUCCAGAGGCAGUACAGGCGGCGUGCCUCAAUGUCAACGGAUCUUUUUGGCAUGGGCGGCGCAUUACUUGCAUACCAAGGCGCAAUGAGGAGAAGGAGCCGCAGCGAAACAAUAAAGGGCCGGGCUACCCGACACAACAACUAUUCAUUGGCAACAUCCCAUACGAGACGACAGACGCCGAGCUUAAUAGGAUUUUCCGAGGCUUGAAAGGCUUGGACGAUGUGCGGGUAGCGGUAGACCGUAACACCGGGUGGCCGCGCGGCUUUGCACACGCAGACUUCUUGACAGUUGAGGAUGCGAUCGAAGCGAAGAAAAAGCUGGAGACCGUCAUGCUUUCCAACCGGAAGUUGAGGGUUGACUAUGCGCAUGGGUUUCCGAGGAGGAUGCGUCGGUCAUCGGUAAGCCAGUCCACAUGA